AUGAUUGCCAAAGACAAAGUCACUUUAGAUGCAUGUGUGAAGAGUAUGCAAGAUUCUUUGUCUGAAGGUGGAAACUUAUGCAAAUCAUGCUUAUCUCAGUCCAACUUCACUGCAGACAUUGAGAAGAAGUCUAAGGCACAUGAGGAUGAGCUAGAAUGCAUAUCUCAUUCAGUUUAUCCUCUGUCAGUAUCAUUGGGCAGUCAUGAAAAUCAAGUAAUUUCAUUAGUUGAUAAAAUGAUAAGUCUGAGCCAUAAUCGGGAGAGAAUAAUUGGAAGAGUUGGAGAAAUUAGGAGUCUCAUUACUCCUAAGUUGGACAUUAUGUUGAAUGCUCUUAAGGAUACUCGAGAUGCUCUGGCCAGCGAUCUAUCUGGAGAUAUUACUGCACCAGAAAUGCAGCUACCUGAAAUCAUUGAUUUACAAGUUACUUCAGUUGAGAAACCGGUAACUCAACCAGGAGUGGAUAUUCCACCAGUCAAGGAACCACCAAUGAAACCCCAACUGCCACCAGUUUCACAGGAUAUUCAAAAGGAAUCCAAUGAAAAAGAUGAUACACAAAUUUCUGAACAAGAAACGGAGAAAGAACAAGAGAAAGAAGAGAUUACUAAGGUCUCUGCUAUUAAAGAAGCUAAAGACUUGAAAACCUUCUCCAUGGAUGAACUAUUUGGCUUAUUUUCAGCUUAUGAGAUGAGAACUGUAAGUGUUGAACCUUCCAAGAAAGAAGUUACCUUCACCUCCGAGAAGAAAGGAAAAGAGGUUGCAAGUAGUGUAGAUGAUGAAGAAUCGGAUGCAGCUAAAGCCAGCUUUAUCCUUGAUGAUGAACAAAGCGGAGCUCAAUCAGAAAAUUUAAAUGAUAGUGAGGAAGAGGAUGUUGAUGUUGAGGUUGAUCUUGAAGGAGAGUUAAUACGUGCUCUUGAAGAACUAGACAGCAUAAGGAAAGAAUAUACAAAAUACAAGAAGUCGGCCAUAAAGGAACAAAAUCAGUUGAGCAAGAAACUUGAAGAGUCUAAAAUGAAUAUUAACACCUUAAAAACUCAGCUAGAAAAAUCCAAGAGGAAGAGUGAAGUAAUAAAAUUGGAAUUGGAAUCCAAAGAAAAGGAAAGUCAAAAACUAGAAGAAGAAAUUGUGAAUCUUAGGAAAGAGCUUGAGAAGUGCAAGGAUGAUCUCAAGUUGAGGCUAAAAUGUGAAAUCAACACAAAUACAUUAGAUGAUAUGCUAAAGAAGCAAAACCAUUCAAAGGAUUCAAUGGGUAUAGGAUAUGAGGUUGGACAAUGCUCUUCUAGAUUGGACUCAUCUAAAACGGGCAUACACUUUGUAUCUUCAAGCAUGGAUGGUAAUUGGAAAACCCUCACAGUUAGCAACGCUCCAAGAAAGAAAAUAGAUUUAAAUACUACAACUGAAAGUGUAUAUGGUGAAAAUGGAUAA